AUGCAGAACAAAUUACCGAAUAUGGCCGACAUUUUGGUACGUGACAUGCUUUACGGAAAUACAAUGGCACAUUCACGAAUCAUUUUAGUCACAGCCUUGAUUUCAUUCACGUUACAAGUUACCACAUCGGCUAAAAAUAACGCUAGUCCAGUUUAUGAAGUUAUAAAUGAACAAUCAAGAAUGGACGAUAUACGAUUGUCUAAUGCACGAGCGACACUUCCAUACGGUAACCCGUUAGCUGGGAACUCAGCACAAAAUGCAAGGCUCUACGCCAGUAAUCAACAGGCCAUGUUCAACGCCGAGAAAAUCAGACAACACAAAGCUCAACUCCAAAGACAAAGACAAGGUCCACCAAUUGUAGAUAGCUAUAUGAAAGCGUAUCAUGAAUCACAAGAAAGCCAUCAACUGGCAUUAGAAGAACAACAGUCUAAUAUCAAAGAUACCGUUUCAACAACUAUUGCGCCCCGCAAGCCAUUAAGAAAUAGAACUCAAAACAGACAUAGAAUAAGCAACCGUGAAAGGAGUAUGCCUAAUAACCAAAGACAAGAGUUGAAAAGUAGACCUGAAAUCGUUGAACGUGAAGGGUCCAUCAGAACCACCUCUAAAGAGAGAACUAGAAAUCACAGAUCAUACGAAUCAACAGAAUAUGAACAGUACUUACAGUCAAAAUUGCCGCUUGCUUAUUUAGCUGGUACAGAAUCUGAGCAGGGAAUAACAAUUAAACCAAAUGGCAAUAUAGGAGUAGCAAAGGAUCAAGAAAAACAACCCACUAUUUUAUAUACAAGUGUAAUUUCGAAUAAUGGCAAAUAUCUGCCGAAAACAUCUCCAGAAAUAUAUGCACUUGAAUCUAUAUUGAAGAAAAAUCCAAAUGAACAAUUAACUGAGUUCAAAACGUUGAUAAAUUCCGAUGAUAGUCAACACUUUUCGAUGUCCCAGUCGCCUGAAACACACGACGAAUUCUAUUAUCCUCUAAAAGAUGCUUCAAAUCUUAACAUUCCAAACUACUAUAACGAUGCUUUUGCUAAAAUUCCCACUACAUAUGCUAGUGCGUACGCUGCAAAAGAUCACACCCCAAUCACAGAAGAAGUAGAUGACGUAGAGAAUCCAAUACAAUACCAAAAUACUUUUGUAACGCCUCAAUUGACGACAGAUCUUCCGAUAGAACAAUCGACAGUCACAAAAAACUACUACAAGGUUGAAGUAGCUAGUCAAUCCGUAACUGGAUUGAAACCCAGCAAAAUAAACGAAGAAUUAUACCUUAAUCAAGAACAAUAUCCAAGUGAAAGUUAUAUAACUCAUGGAGGUGUUCAACAUUUGACGGAAGACAGCACAGGCGUAUCGGCCUAUGGAGAUGAUGUAAGUAUAAAAUUAAGAUUCAAAAGAUCUACACUAGAUACUGAACCGUUUCUUAUACCUGCGUCAAAUUGUACAAAUAACACUGAGACAUCUAACACGACAAGUACUUCUGAAAUCCCCAUUGCUGAAGCUCUCCGACGACCUUUGAACUCAAAACGUAAUGAUUUCAAUGUGUUCUUGACACCGACCUUUCAAGUUGGCGAAGCGACUGACUAUGACGAUUACGAUGACGUCCCAGCAGUACGUCCCGCUCCAAAACAUCAACCUUUUUACGAUGAUGACGAAUAUUAUGAUGACUUUUCUAACGAUUACGGCGAAUCGAAUAACGGCCCCAUCAGCCUUACGGAACAGCCUUUGCAAAACACUCAAAUACAUUAUCCAGUUCUCGAUUCUAGGGGAAGCUACUCUCAUCGACAUCGACAAUUUAGACGGCCGCAACCCGAACUAUACGGCUUACCAUCCUCGUCCUAUGGUGUUCCUGCCACGUAUAGUAGCCAAACGUACAGUCCGCAUUCACAGAUUUUACCGGCCGUGAAUAAUUUAGUGCCGAAUGUAUUAGAACCGGUUUACAUGCUAACGCAAUCGCAGUUAAAACAAUUAAUCGGUCAACCGAAUCUUAACAUUGAACAUUUAGAUGUGUAUCAGGUUUCGAAAGAAAAAAAGAAAGUCCACUACCCGCGGAAGUUAAGGAAACGUUAUCCGUAUCGACGCAAAAAUGUUAGGAGCAAAUUGCAUAAGCUACAUAAGUUGAGAUUGUUGCAUUACGCGGCGAACUACGAAUUCGGGUACCGGGUUCGAGAUCCGGAGAGUGGAAAUUAUUUCGGCCAGUACGAGACCAAAGCAGGCGAGAGAACUAACGGGCAUUACCAUGUAUUAUUGCCAGAUGGAAGAAUGCAAAAGGUGCAAUAUUAUGCUGGUCCAAGCGGGUAUCACGCGGAUAUAAGUUACGAUCAUUUAGAAGCCAAGUUAAGGUAG